AUGAUCUAUCUAUUCUCACAAAAUCCAAAUCACAAACAACGAAAACACAAACACAAACAACGAAACGAACAAUACCACAAACAAAAAAUGAACGCAAUCUCAUCAUUCUCCAGGUUGGCUGUGGUGGCAACAGCACUGGUACACACCUUUAAGAUCUCGUUCGUCACGGCACAGGUUACUUCCGGUCCCUUUUUGCCGCAAGAACAAGAAUUGACCAAGAACAAAAGUCUAUGGCUCUCGAAUGGACCCCAGUUCUACAAGUAUGACUACACGGUAUUGAGUGGUAACUCUCCACCAGAAGCGGAUGGACAUCCCUAUCCUUGGACCAUAGUCCGAGCCAACGGUUCCUUUGAUGGAUAUGAUGCCCAAAACAACCAGAUUACAGGCCACAUUAGUUUGCCCACCAUUGGUCAAUUCUUUGACCUGAUUCAAGAUCAAAUUGCCCUGGGCACAGCUCAUUCGAUUGUUGUCACCUACAACACCCAAUAUGGAUAUCCCAUGGACAUUAACAUUGUCAUGGCAGACAACACUGACUAUCAUGUUCUCAAUACAGUCUUGGUGUCUCUGCCAGGAACCCGUCACAACAGAAACCUUGUGGUGGCUGCUCAAUUCAUGCCACAAUACGAACAGUGGCAAAAGGCCAAGGCCCUGUGGACAUCCAACGGACCCCAAUUCUACAAGUAUGACUACACCGUCUUGAGUGGCAACUCUCCACCAGAAGCAGAUGGUCACCCAUACCCCUGGACCAUAGUUCGAGACAACGGUUCCUUUGAUGGCUAUGAUGCCCAAAACAACCAGAUUACAGGCCACAUUAGUUUGCCCACCAUUGGUCAAUUCUUUGACUUGAUUGAAGAUCAGCUGGGAUUGAGCACAGCUCACUCUAUUGAAGUGACUUACAAUACCCAAUAUGGCUAUCCAAUGGAGAUUCACAUCAUCAUGGCAGACAACACUGACUAUCAUGUUUUGAAUACAGUCUUGGUGUCUCUACCAGGAACAGGUCACAACAGAAACCUGGAGGUUGCGCCUCAAUUCAUGCCUCAGUACGAACUGUGGGAAAAGGCAAAGGCCCAGUGGACUGCUCAGGGCCCCCAGUUCUACCAAUAUGACUAUGUUGUAGUGGAUGGCGCAUCUCCACCGGCGGCGGUAGGUCAUCCCUACCCUUGGACCAUUCUCCGUGACAAUGGUUACUUUGCCGGCUAUGAUGACAAAGACCAGCAGAUUACUGGCUACAUUAGUCUGCCUACGAUUGGUCAAUUCUUUGACAAGAUUGAAGAUCAGCUCGGUUUGAGCACCGCUCAUGACAUUGAUGUGACGUACGAUGUGGAGUAUGGGUAUCCCACAGAUAUCUAUAUUGUCAUGGCCGACCAGAGUGUCUAUCAUGUGGUCAACAGCAAGUUGACCAAACUGGGUUAG